AUGGCGUCCUCAGCAACCCAUCUCAACACCCACUUCAUCAGACCUUUCCCCUCAACGACUUCGUUCGCUCGCUUCCCUACUCGCAGUGUAGCUCCAUUGAUCAAAGCUUCAGCCUCCGACUGUGCCGAUUCGGGGACCCCAAUUCCCAAAGUCUCAGUCCUCAAAUCAGCUCUUGAUUCAUUCUGCUCUAUGUUAGGCCUAGACAUCAACCUAUCAAAGAGUGAGGUUUACUUUUCUGGUGUAAAUGACCACACACAGCAUCAAAUUAUUACAUUGCUAGGAAUUCAAUCAGGCACACUGCUAGUGAGAUACCUUGGAGUGCCAUUGAUCUCUACAAACUUGAAGUCUCAGCAUUGCAGUCUAUUAGUAAGCAUAAUUACUCACAAAAUCAGAAAUUGGACUUCCAGAUCUCUCUCAUAUGCAAGUAGACUCCAAUUGAUAAAUUCAGUAUUGGUGUCAACUCAAAACUACUGGUACAACAUUUUCAUUUUGCCAAAGGGAGUAAUUGAUGAACUCAACAAGAUUUUUGGGAGAUUUCUGUGGUCAGGGCCAGAAAUGAAGUCUUCUGGUUCUAAGGUAGCUUGGAGUAGGGUGUGUAGUCCUAAAUCUGCAGGUGGUUUGGGGAUCCCCAAUUUGGAGAUUGCGAACAAGGUUGGAAUAAUCAGAUUUAUUUGGGACAUUCUCAAAGAAGACACAAACAGAUUCCAUGCUCUUGGAGUUGGAGGUUUCCUCCAACUAAGGCAUCCUGCUAGACUACUCAUAAAACACUCUAUAGGCAAUGGUGCUAACACUUCUUUCUGGUGGGACAAUUGGGCUCCAGGAGGUCCUUUAUGUUCAAGAUUUCCACUUCAUCUACUCACUGCAGCUAGCUUCAAUGGUACAACAACUGUGGAUACAUUCAUUGUUGACAGCAACUGGUCAUUUCCUCCCUCUUUUACUUGUGCAAUCCCGGAAUUGCUUGCACUACCACCUCCAUGCCCUUCUAGAAGUGGACAGUUUCACCUAAUGGCAACUACUCAUUCAAACACAUUGUGGCACACAUGGUUGGUGACCUUCCUAUUGUCCCUUGGCACAGCCUUGUUUGGCAUUCUCCAAUCAUACCAAGAAUGA